UUAAAAUGGCGAGCGUUGUGAGGAGACAUCGUUCGAGAUCGCGAUCACCUGCACGAAACAGAGGAAAUCGAGACGAUCGUGAUAACGAAAGAGAACGUGAUAGGCGAAGUCAACGCAGGGACAAGCAUCUAGAACCAAGAAAUAACAGAGUGGAUGGUGGAAGGAGGAGUCAUCAUCAAGAUACAAGUCAUGUAAGUAGAUCUGCCAGUAGAAGAGAAUGGGACAAAAAUAAGUAUCACAAUGAAAGAGCUCCUGAAGCCUCUCAUCCAGAGAGAAGAUACCACAACAGAAGGCAGGAAAGGCAACAUUCACCAACUGAGCAUCAAAGACCUGCUGAGGACAGUGGUGGACAAGAUGGAAACCUUGAACCAGAUGGUCCCAAUUACAAUCUUUCAGGAAAAUUAACAGAAUAUUCAAACACUUACAAGGGUGUGGUCAUCAAAUAUAAUGAACCCAUAGAGGCAAGGAAGCCGAGGACAAGAUGGCGUCUUUAUCCUUUUAAAGGAGAGGAGGCAAUGUCUGUUAUGCACAUUCACAGACAAAGUGCUUACUUGAUUGGAAGACAGAGACAUAUAGUUGAUAUCGCAGUAGAUCACCCAUCGUGUUCAAAACAGCAUGCAGUUCUCCAGUACAGACUAGUAGAUUAUGAAAAGCCAGAUGGUACUUCUGGCAAAAGAGUCAAACCAUAUAUCAUUGAUCUGGAAUCUGCAAAUGGAACAUUCCUCAACAACCAGAAAAUUGAGCCCAGAAGAUUCUAUGAGUUGAAAGAAAAGGAUGUUCUUAAAUUCGGCUUCAGUACCAGAGAGUAUGUGAUUCUAACGGAGAAAUCUCAGGUUGACGAUGAUGACGAUGAAGAACCAGCUGAAUGAUACAGAACACUGCGAGUGUUAAAAGAUAUUAAAUUCUUAGCUUUACUUUUGUUCACCAUGAGAGUCCAAAAAUAAUUCAGAUAGCUCCGCCAAGCCACGAGGGAAAAAAAGGGCCACAUUUUUGUUUUCCACAAAUGAACGAGAAGAAGCUCAGAGGAGUAGUGUCACCAUGAACUCUCUAUGGAGAUGUUUACCAAAAUUUCUUUUUUAUCGCUUGAAGACUGAUUUCAGUUUGUCGCGGAAAAGCACAAUUUUGCGAUUGUUGUUGAAGUAGA